AUGGAAUGGAAAGGGCCUGUGAUCCUUGGUCCUGUGAUCCAUGGUCCUGUGAUCCAUGGUCCUGUGAUCCUUGGUCCUGUGAUCCAUUGGCCUGUGAUCCAUGGGCCUAUAAUCCUUGGUCCUGUGAUCUAUGGGCCUGUGAUCCAUGGGCCUGUGAUCUAUGGGCCUGUGAUCCAUGGGCCUGUAACCCAUGGUCCUGUGAUCCAUGGGCCUGUGAUCUAUGGGCCUGUGAUUCAUGGGCCUGUGAUCUAUGGGCCUAUAAUCCUUGGUCCUGUGAUCCAUGGGCUUGUGAUCCAUGGGCCUGUGACCCUUGAUCCUGUGAUCCUUGGUCCUAUGAUCCAUGGGCCUGUGAUCCAUGGGCCUGUGAUCCAUGGGCCUGUGAUCCAUGGGCCUGUGAUCCAUGGGCCUGUGAUCCAUAGGCCUGUGAUCUAUGGGCCUGUGGUCCUUGGACCUAUGACCUAUGGGCUCAUAAGGUCUAUGGUCUUCUGA